AGCGUUCUCGGUCUGUCUACUUCCAGGAUCCGGCGGGCUCUACCCUUUAGCUAGAAACGUCUCCCUCCUCACCCCGCCCCGCGCAGACGCAGUGCUUAGUUCACAGCUGCCGGACAAAGGGUGACGCCCGGAGUCAUGGCGGCGACGGAGUCGAGCUUGGCGGCUAGUGGGAACCCCGUGGAGGCGGUGCCGCCGGAGAAACAGGAAGGAGCCAACCCAAGCUCAAAUCCUGAGCGUAAUUCUGCGGCCGCCUCGAUUCCAGAGGCCUCAGCGCCUGCCCCCGACCCCUCCAGCCCCAACGCCGCAGUCCCCGAAGCGACUCCUACGCCCCCCGCGGCGGCCUCCGCGGUCCAGGAGCUGCCCCUCGGGCCUGCACCCCUGGGCUCUCCGCCUCAGGCCGAAGACGUUCCGCGGUCCCCCCCUGGCUCCGGGGGCUCCCGGCCUGGCCCCGAGACGUUCCGUCAGCGUUUCCGGCAGUUUCGGUACCAAGACGCGGCGGGCCCCCGUGAGGCGUUCCGGCAGCUGCGGGAGCUCUCCCGCCAGUGGCUGCGGCCCGACAUCCGCACCAAGGAGCAGAUCGUGGAGAUGCUGGUGCAGGAGCAGCUACUCGCUAUCCUGCCCGAGGCGGCACGGGCCCGGCGGCUCCGCCGCCGCACGGAUGUGCGCAUCACUGGCUGAGCGGGGAAGCUGCGGGCGUCAUGAGCCGGGCGCUCUCCGAACUGGGGCCGUGAUCGGGUUCGGAGUCCUGAGCCUGGCACCCUACCCCGUAUUAAUGAAAAACGAGUUUUGGCAGCA